CCAGAUCCGAACGCGGUGAUUCCAGAGCAGCUGACGACGAGUCGGCCGAGCAAGGAGUCCGACAACACCGUGAAAAUCGUCACGCAGAGCCCACGCAGCAAGAUCCCAGCGGUGGAGGAGCCCGGCAAGCCGGGCUCUGUCAACCAGGACGGCCAAGAGACCCAAGGUCCCAGCGAUGGCUUCUUGAGCUCCAAGGUGGCCGUCUUCGCGGCGAUCGGUGCCGGCUGCGUCAUCUUCAUCCUCAUCAUCAUCUUCCUCGUUGUCCUCCUGAUCAAGAUCCGCAAGCGGCACCGGAAGCACACGCAGCAGCGAGCCGCAGCCUUGUCCCUCAGCACCUUGGCCAGCCCGAAAUGCAGCGGGAACGCGGGCUCGGAGCCCAGCGACAUCAUCAUCCCCUUACGGACUACAGAGAACAACUACUGCCCGCACUACGAGAAGGUGAGCGGGGACUACGGGCACCCCGUCUACAUUGUCCAGGAGAUGCCCCCCCAGAGCCCAGCCAACAUUUACUAC